UUCAACUUUUGAAAAGUUCUCCUCCGGCUUCGGCGGGCAUUCAGUUUGGUGCCGCGGCAGUUGUGCUUGACAUAAAGCAGCUUCUUUGGUCCAUUUCAGUGCGAUCUCUUCGCGUUUCAGUGCCAUCCUACGUGAGCAUGAUUUGUAGUUUGUGAGUGAGGAAGACAUCCGAACGUUGCGAACCAUGGCGAACCUGCCGAGACCGCGCGCCCACCCAAAACUCCUGUUUGGCCUGGUUUUUUGCGCCCUUUUGCUCCCUGCCCUAACAGACGUGGCUGCAGACUCUCAGGAGGAUUCAGACUUGGUCUUUGAUCAGUUCGAGCUGCCAGAUCUGCGAACACUUCGAACCGCUCGAGAGUCGGAUGGUUACUCUUAUGAAGAAUCUAGUCAGAGUUCGAGGGAAGAUGAGGAAGAACAGCAUUGGCUUUCACGGACGGUGAAUCGGAUCAAGCGAAGCAUUGGCAACAUGUUUUCGCCCGAAGAAAAGCACCAUAAGGGCCACGAGAGACUAGCCAAAGGCCACCAGAAGACUGAAGACACUGCGGCCGUCCAUCCGAAUCUAAUCAGGAACAGCAGACAGUCCAACUUUGAUAUCAACGAUGAGGACGAAGAAGAAGAUUUAGAAGAUUUGUAUUACGAACCCGGUCCGGUUAUACCCGACGGGCAGGUCGAAGACGAUUACGACACGGAAAAUGGACAAUACGAGGAUAAAAAUGAUGAGUUUGACGAUCCCUUCGGGGAUUUCGAUGGAGUGGGGGCGCUCAAUCUGAGCCACGCAAACCGCCUGGAUGAAGGACCUGGGCUGGACGAUGAAGAUGGCUUGGGCUCGGGCAUGGAUGGAUCCGGAGAAAUUUCCACUGUUCCAGUUGGAUUCUCUCCAGUGGAAUCGACAGGGUCCCCUAUACUUCAAGCCGUGCUGCCCAGUGCUCAUCCCAAAUACUACAGAAUAAUCGUGACAGUGGAAGAAUACUACGCCGAUGAGUUCCAUGAUAGGAUCAGCGAAGCCUUCCAUCAGCUCGCCUCCAAACUUGAGGCCGGAGUGCAGGAACUGUUCCAAGGCAAACCGGGCGAGCAAAUAGCAACAGUGAUCUCGAUUGAGCAGAAGAAGGACGAUCUGUUCAACGUGCGGGCUACAAUUGACUUGGAGUCCAAGGGAUGGACAGACAACGAUGGCAUCAACAAAUUCAUCUACGACAAGAUCCAGGAUAAUCGCAAGUUGGGCGAAGUGACUGUUUCUCCUGAGGACUUCGUUUUCACUUCCUUUGAAGAAGAACAGCCCAAGUGCGAAGAAGGCCAGGUAAUGUGCCUUAGCAGGCAAUGCGUAAGGGGGGAUGCUCGUUGCAAUGGAGUUAGGGACUGUAAUGACAAAUCGGACGAGGAAGGUUGCCCCACCCCCACCUUCACCCCUGCGCUAGAACCCGCGUUCGAAACCGUCACCGUUCCCUUAGCAACCAGCAGCCUUUUUACCACCAUCCCCACCACCACCACUACCACCACCAGCACCACCACCCCCACCACAACCACGCCCACGCCGGAAUUCGGCAGUGGGGAUGGUGAGGAGCCGGAGGAACCCAUUAGGGCGGACGAUGUUUUCUCGUGCGAACACGGCGAUGGAAAAUAUUACGGGGAUCAGAAAUGCGAUGGAACCAGGGACUGUAAGGAUGGUUCCGAUGAGGCCCACUGUUUUGCACCGAAAUGCGCCCAAGGGGAGUUCGGCUGCGACCUCAACCGUUGCCUGCCCAUGAGUAGCCGAUGCGAUGGACUGAGUGAUUGUGAGGAUGAGACCGAUGAGCAGGAAUGUUACAGCUGCAGUGGAGACGCUUUCCAUUGCGACAACAGCAAGUGCAUCCAGACGGAGCGAGUGUGCGACGGCGAUCCCGAUUGCAGGGACGGCUCCGAUGAAAUUUGCAAAGGUUCAGAAACCCAUGGAUGUCUUCCGUCCGAUUUUGACUGUGGGGAUGGCCAAUGCAUCCCCAACUACCUCCGAUGCUCCCAACGGGCGGAAUGCAGCAACGGCGAAGACGAACGAAACUGUCCUGGCGAAGCGUCUCAGUCCGGAUUUAGGUGCGGCUCAGGAGAGUCGAUCCGGCUGGAUCAGCGCUGCGAUCGUGAAUACGACUGUCGAGAUCAGAGCGAUGAGAAAAAUUGUCGUAAGUUUUCAGAGUUGCCACUCACUUUGUGUACACCUGCGGUCGAUCGUCGAUUGGUUUGCGUUUGAUGAACUCGCCCUGAUCGAAUCCAUAAAUGCAACAGUCGGGGCGAAAAUGCGCGUUUUUAUCAAUCAAAUCAAAUGCCUUUGAUCGCUUGCAAUCAUCCAAUCGGGGCCAGUUUCAUCAGGUAAACCGCAACUUCUUUGCCCAAUUGAUCCAGCCUUUAACGGGGGCGGCUUUUGAUAUUGUUGUUUGAAAGAAUAAUCAGACUAUCGGGCUUAAGACGUUUCGCAAGCACGAGUGGCUUGCAACCUCAGAAGUGCUUCACAGGCAAUAUUGAAUGGCUGAUGCAGACUUCCAUUGUCUUACAAAGAUGUUUUAUCGCAACGUUUCGGUUGGUAGUAUCUCCGACCGUUUUCAGACACACCAAAGAGCACCAAAGUUUUCAGUCUAUCCGGAUCGACGGAAGUCUGAAAAGUUGGAGAAACUCAUUUGAAUCGCCCAAGAUGAUUAUUUUUGCGCUUUUUGUAAAUUCAUGUUUCAUGCGACUGCAGCCGCUCACAUAAAAAUUCAUAACUUCCGAUGCAGAACGCGUAGCAACCUGAUAUUUUCAGAAUCUAUCGCGCAUAGUUCACUUUGAAACCUCUGAAAAUUUCAUUUGGAUCGCUUGCGAAGCUAAUUUUUGCGCUCUUGGUAAACAUUAGCCUAAAAAGUAGAUUUUACGGCAAGUGCAGCAUCUCUAAAAAAAAUCAGAAGUUUCGAUCGGCGACGAUUAGCAACUUGACAUUUUAAGGGUCCAUCAAGAUCACUUGCGUCUCCAAAUUGCAAAAAAAAUCAUUUAAAUCGCUUCAGAUCCUGAUUUUUGCGCUCUUUUAAUAGUUGGCCAAAAAAACUAGAUUGUAUUGCAAAUGCGGCCUCUCCAAUAAAAAUUCGCAAAUUCCAAUCUACACCCAUUAGCAAUUUAAGAUUCUCACAGUUUAUCGACAUCACUUAAAUCUGAAAACGCUGAAAAACUCACUUAAAUCGCAUCGGAUGUUGAGUGUUGCGCUAUUUGUGAAUGUUGGCGCAAAAAUUAUGUUUUAUCUUCACCCCUCCAAUAAAACUUUAUAACUUCCGAUCUAGAGCGCGUGGGAACUUGGGGCUUUGCCAGUCCAUCGAACUCAAAUCACUCUGAAAACUCUGAAAAUUUCAUUUAAAUCGCUUCAAAUGCUGAUUUUUGCGCUCCUAAAAACUUACGAUUUCAUGCGAUUGAAGUCGCUUGUUUCAAAAUUCAUAGCCGUCUAAACCCAGCAGAUACUUGAAACUUUCAGAGUUGAUUGAGUGCACUUGCAUCUAAAGACCCGGUAAAAUUCAUGUUUAUCUGAUAAGAUGCUCAAUAUUUGCCCUCUUUGGGAGCGUUGGCUUAAAAAUGAAUGUUUUCUCGCAAACGCAACUUCUACAAUAAAAACUGAAAAAGUUUCCAUCUGAAUGAGCAGCAACUUGAUAUUUUCAAAGUCAAUCUAGAACAGUUGAGCCUUAAAAAUCUGAAAAUUUAAUUUAAAU